AUGGACGCAUGUCCUGUAUGCAACAGUCCAGCGACAUUGAGAGGGAAAAACAGAUUAAUUCUUGAUGUUUGUAAACAUUUUAUUUGUGUGUCAUGUUUGAUCAGAUCACCAGAGGAGUGCAAGAUAUGUACAGCAGAAUGGGAUUUGCAUAAAAAGACCACUUGUCUUGAGAGCUGUAGCACUGGAGGUACUACCAGUUUUAUUUCUGCUAAAGAGUUUGAUCGGAAAGACUUUGAUCGAAAAGACUUUAAUCUGAAAGAUUUUGAUCGAAAACCAAUGAAUGAUAAAACAGCCAUGUCUGAGAAGGUUUCCCAAACGUGCUCCAGGGAUGAGAGAUUGCCGGAGUCUGCAGAAGAAUGCCUUACUGAUGUUAAAAAGGAAGAAACUGUCGUGUCCGAGAAGGUAUCUGUGACAGAUGACAGAAACGGGAAAACAUCUGAGGAGUUCCACCCAACCGAUGUAGGAGAUGAGAGAAUAAUAGCAAAGAGAACUAGAAGACGUAAACCGAUACACGUGCAUAAGAUAAUAGAAAAAAAAGGGAGUUACUAUGACGAUGACAGUGAUGAAGAAUUCUUUACUAAUGAAGAUGAUAGAGAAUUCGCAUCCAACUCUGAGGACACAUCAGAGCACAUCAAAAUGACCCUGAAAACAAAACAAACGUCUGACGGUUAUAAUUCAGAGCCUGAAGGUUUUAAUCCUGAUUCAGAAGAAGUGCCAGAUGAGGAAAAGGAUUAUGGGAAGGAUGGUGAGGAAUGUCCAAGAAUAAUUAAACCACCGAAAAUUAGAAUAACCCUAAAACUUAAUAAAACAAACUCUAGAAAAAGAAAAGCUCAUUCCGGUGAUGAUGAGGUUGGAGGUAUCGUAGACAGUGGUACAGAUGCAACUAAAGCAAUUAUUCCCAAAAAACGUGGUCGGCCACGAGUACCAGAUUCCAUGAAGAAAAAGAAACCGCAAACAGUUGUGAAAAGACAUUUCUGUGACGUCUGUGGGAAAGGUUACCCUGCUCCAAGUAGGCUGGAAAAUCAUAAAAGAAUUCAUACUGGUGAGCGACCAUUCCCAUGUGACAAGUGUGAAAAGAGGUUUCCUGAUAAGCGAAAAUUAGCCAUUCAUCAGGGAACCCAUUCUACAGUUAAGCGCUUUAAGUGUGAUGUGUGUGGUAAAGGUUUAAAGAGUAAAUAUGCCCUCACAUACCAUGUGUCAAUUGUGCAUGAGGGAAAAAGACCGUUUCCAUGUCCUCAGUGUGAACAGUCGUUUGGACAGUUGGGGAAUCUGAGCUACCAUGUUAAAGUGAAGCAUGAUGGGCAACGUGAAUGCUGGAAGUGUGGAGUAUUUUUUACACAGGAAGAAAUCAAUGACCAUCGCAAAGGCUGUUUGCAACCGCCGAAGAAGCAUAAAUGUCAAGAAUGCAAUAAACUUUUUAAGACUAUCCGAGAUUUGGCCAGGCAUUUUCGAGUUCAUAGUGGUGAGAAACCGUACAUAUGCGAGAUAUGUGGCAAGGGUUUCGCACAGACAAUUGGCUUGCGAACUCAUCAGAAUUUCCACAAUAACUUCAGACCGUUCAAGUGUCCAUACUGUCCUAAGACUUUCUGUGCAGGAUCCAACUUGACAGAGCACAAGCGACUGCACACUGGUGAAAAACCAUACCAAUGUGAGUACUGUGGAAAAACGUUCUCAUCUUUAAAUAAUAUGAAAAAGCACAUGAAAGUUCAUUUCAAGAACACCGGGGCAAUGGCAAUGCAAAAGAUGCACUUAAAGGAGGAGAAUGCUAAACUGCAAGCGAGUGUCGACCAAGUGAUGAAAGAGCCACUGGAACCACCGAAAGUAUCUCCUGACACGCUCGCCGUGCAGGCAAGCGUUACUAAACCACCACCUUCCAAUAGUGACACACCAGUUGAACCAGAAAUACCACAAUCCAAUCCAGUACUGGAUAUCCCAGUAACGUCAAGUACUGACACCAGGUAUAUGAACUCUCCACACUUCACCGCUACAGAGGCUGCCAUGCACUAUUAUAACCAGGCGCAACCGUCAAUGGGAACAGCACCCUCAACCAUACCAUCGGUCGGUACCCAAGGAUUCCCGUCUCAAAGCGGUUAUCAUUAUAGCGCGUUGGAAAAUGAGGCACUCUUGGCGUUGAUGCAGAGUGCACAGUAUGCAGCACCUGAACAUGUAUACCCUAAAAAAUAA